AUGGCGGCCGCCAGUAGCGGCGACCCCGGAGGGUCUGUUGGACGUAGACUACCAAAUUAUAUGGAUCCAACAAACAAGUUUGGUGAAUUAACGUUUCUUCAGCUAACCGCAAAAGAUGGUGCCACACUGCCGAUCAAUCCUUUUAUCAUUGGAAAAACGGUUGAAGCAUGUGCCGGUGGAGCCAUCGAAAGUGCUAAAACCGAAGCACAAGGCACAAAAUACACUUUGUGUGUUCGGGAUCCAGCCCAAGUUACCAAACUGCUCAAACUGAAAUCGCUCAUCGACGGAACCGACGUUGAAGUCAUUCCCCAUCCAAAUCUGAACACUAGCAGAUGCGUCAUCUCCUGCUUUGAGCUGAUUUACAUGGAAGAAAAGGAUAUCCUAACAGAACUAAUCAACGAAAAUGUUGUCCGUGUACAACGCAUCACCAGGAAUGAGGGUGGUAAAAAGGUAAAUACGCCUGCGUUGAUCCUUACAUUCUGUAAGACCACGUUCCCAGAAUUCAUCAAAGUCGGCCUGCUACGUGUUCCCACCCGUCCGUACUUUCCGAAUCCCAUGCUAUGUUAUGGGUGUUUCAGCUACGGCCACACACGUAUACGAUGCCCUGGACCGCAACGCUGCUUUAACUGUUCCGAUAAUUUUCACGGAGAAGAAUGCGAUAAGGCACCGUCCUGUCAGAACUGCAAGGGCAACCACAGACCGACUAAUCGCCAGUGCCCGGUUUAUAAAAAAGAAGUAGAGGUAAUCAAAAUCAAAGUGCGUAACAAUCUGAGUUUUCCAGAGGCCAGAAAACGUGCUGAACAGCAAAUAGGAAAUAGUUACGCUCAAGCAGCAGCACAGCAGACCGUGAUCGAGAGAAAGCUGAAGGAACUGGAGAUGGCCAUGAUGAAAAAAGAUAAAGAAAUCGCCCGACUGCAUGAAGAAAGUAAACGGAAGGAUGAACGUAUCGAGCAAAUGACGGCAAUCGUUAACCAAAUAAAAAUCCGGCAGCAAAUCGGCAAAAUAAAACAGAAUCAAGACUACGAAACCAUCAGCAACGAAAAGCCGCACCACAGCCAUGAACAACGACCAGUCCACAUGACGAUAGGCGUCACCACUCGAUCGAGGAACAACUCCCCAGUCGUUCAGGAGAGGCGAACGACUUCAGAAAAGCAAUCACACCAAACCGGCAACCUCACCAGACCAUAG